UGACGAUCCAAACCGCGAAUUCACUGAUGCACACCGAUUUGUUAUGCCCCAUCCGUUUUUCAGAUCAUCGACAGAAAGUCAAACUAAUUUUGAGCUCUACAUUUCAGAUCCGUAAAUAACCUAGGAAGUCUCUCUUUGUAAACUUGAACACGUUUUACUUGCGUCCAAGACUCUCUCUCUAAACCUUGGACAUGAGGUUCGUGUACCAAGCUUGCUGUCAUAGUUCAUACUUCGUACAAUGAUUACUCAUUUUAGAGAUGCAGAUCACCUCUAAAUUUCCACUCUGCUAGACCCCACAUUGACUACCCACCUCAUUGACGUCAAUAGAGAGCUUCAAGGAAAAAGAGCUAAAUUUGGAUAAGGACAUGGGGGAAUGUUCCUCUUCUCUUUCUGUGGUUCUCUCACUAAAAAAAUGGAGAAUUUUUGUGUUGGGUAUUGCUGAACAGUUUUUUUUUAUGAGAGGGGAGAGUAUUUUUAGGGAGAGAUUUUUUUUUGUGUGUGUUUUCCAAUAUGGUUGUGGUGUUAAUUGUUGAAAGAAGUUUUUGUAGUUUGAAACAGGGUGGGUUGGAGAAGAAGUUGUAGCAGGAAAAUACAGGACAUAAAAGCGUUGAGGCCUUGAUUCUUUAACCCUUUCAAGGGGGAGCUAUGGAGAUUCAAGAAGAGGAGGAAACCCACAUACCUCAGCCUCUUUCUCCAUUGACUGUAGCAAUUGUAGUUAAUGGAAACAGAGACAGCAAAUAUGCAGUGAAGUGGGCUUUGGAGAAGUUCAUUCCAGAGGGAAGGAUUUCAUUCAAAUUGUUACAUGUCAGGCCAAGAAUCACAAGGAUCCCCACACCAAUGGGGAAUUUUAUUCCUAUAUCAAAAGUUCGAGAGGAUGUGGCAGAUGCUUAUAGAAAAGAAAUAGAAUGGCGAGUUAGCACAAUGCUUCUCCCCUUCAGGCAAAUGUGUGCUCAAAGACAGGUGGAAGUAGAGCCUUUGGUGAUCGAGGGAGAUGAUGUGGCUGAAGCAAUCUCAGAAGAAGCAAAUAAGUCUUCAUUUAGCAAGCUAGUCGUGGGAGCAUCAUCUCGUAAUGCAAUUACGAGGAAAUUUAAAGGCCCAGAUCUAGCCACAAGAAUCUCAGAAUGUGCUCCAAGCUUUUGCACCAUUUAUGUUGUGUCAAGAGGAAAGCUAUCAUCUGUGCGAGUUGCCACUUCAUCUCCCGAAGAAAGCACCGAGUUAGCCAGUGAUGAAGCAAUUAGUUUCUCAGAGAGUAAUUCUUCUAGCUAUCCACUGAGAACAGUAACAGGAGGCAGUGAUACCUACUUGUCAGAGCAUCGACAAUUUCGUUCUUCAUCAUUACCACUUCAGAGACAUCGGGCUAUUUCUACUGUGAACUAUUCGAGUGGUAACAGUUUGUCAAGUUCAACAGAAAUUGGCCCUCAUAAUAGUGUCUCUCUUGGCAGUGAGGUGGAUACUUUAUCUCACGGCUUUACUGAUGAUGCAAGUGAGACAUCUAGCUAUAGAACUUUUCAGGCUGAGAAUGAGUCCUGGUUUUACAAUAGGAUGUCAGCAACAGAUACUCAAACUGAGAUCUCAUUAUCAGAAUGCCCGGAGGACCUAAGCUUUGAGGUAGAAAGGCUAAGAAUUGAGCUUAGGCAUGCUCAAGGGAUGUAUGCCAUGGCCAGAGAUGAGGCAGUCGAUGCCUCCAGAAAGGCAAUCGAGCUAAGGAACCGACAAAUGGAGGAGGUAAAUAGACUUAAAGAGAUAAGACUCAGAGAGGAGAAAGCACAGGAACUGGCAAAACUAGAGAAAGGUAUGUGUGAAGCUGCUAAUAGAGAAGCUGAAUAUGCAAGGGAAUGUGUUGAGAGAGAAAUUUCAGAGAGAAGAGAUGCUGACAAUAGAGCGUUACGAGAGGCUCAAGUGAAGCAUAAGAUUGAGAGCCUUAUUGCAUGCUUAGAGCAUCAAUACCAGAAGUUCUCAUGGGAAGAGAUAGUUUCGGCCACUUCUUCAUUUUCUGAUUCUCUGAAAAUUGGUUCGGGAGCUUAUGGAAGUGUUUAUAAGUGCAGCUUGCGCCAUACGAUGGCAGCUGUAAAAGUGCUUCACUCAAAUGAGGGUCACCAAGCCAAGCACUUUCAACAAGAGCUCGAUAUCCUAAACCGCAUUCGCCACCCCCACUUGCUUCUUCUCCUUGGUGCUUGCCCAGACGAGGGUUGCUUGGUAUACGAAUACAUGGAGAAUGGGAGCCUUGAAGACCGACUACUUCAAAAGAACGGCACUCCACCUCUUCCUUGGUUUGAUCGCUUUCGUAUAGCUUGGGAAGUGGCCUCUGCCUUAGUUUUUCUCCACAAUUCAAAACCAACACCCAUUGUUCAUCGUGACCUCAAACCUGCGAAUAUCUUGCUUGAUCGUAACCUCACUAGCAAAAUUGGCGAUGUGGGUCUUUCUACUUUGCUUCCUUCUAAUAUCUCCACCAUCUCUACUGCUUAUAAGGAGACAUCUCUCGUAGGUACAUUUUGCUAUGUCGAUCCCGAAUACGUAAGGACCGGGGUAGUGUCAUCAAAGUCAGAUUUGUAUGCUUUUGGUAUCAUAAUUUUGCAACUAUUAACAGCAAAACCAGCAAUGGCUCUUGCCAACUAUGUUGAAACAGCAUUGGAGGGUGGGAAGCUUGAAGAGAUUUUGGACUUAACAGCUGGGAAAUGGCCCUUAGAGGAAACACAAGAAUUGGCUCUUUUGGCUUUGGGUUGUGCAGAAUUGAGGCGUAGAGAUAGGCCUGAUUUGAAGACCAAUGUUUUUCCUGUGCUAGAAAGACUCAAGGAAAAAGCUGAUCUUUCUCGUGGAUCAAUACCCCAAGUCCAUUGUGUGCCUCCAAGCCACUUCAUCUGUCCCAUAUUUCAGGAUGUGAUGGAGAAUCCAUGUGUGGCAGCCGAUGGGUACACCUACGAGCAUAGAGCAAUCGACAAAUGGCUAAGCAUGAAUGAUAAAUCACCAAUGACUAAUUUACCCAUGCCUCACAAAAACCUUGUACCUAAUUUCACUCUUCUCUCUGCCAUUAUGGAAUGGAAGUCUGGAAACCAGUGAUCAUCACUGUUAUUCAGGUAAGUUGGUUAUCCAAAAACAAAACAAAAAAGACAGAGAGAGAGGAGAAGAAAAAGAAAAAGAGAGAGAGGAGAAGAAAAGAAACAAAAUCUAUUCCGACUCUGAUGCUCAUAUUUUCCCCCAUCCUUCUCUUUAUAUUGUGGCAGAGAUGGGCAUGACUCUACAUUACUAGUCCUCAUCAAUUGCUACUCAUGUACAAAAUCGAAGCACUUUUGUGCCCAAAAGAUGUAAGCACACAUAAGGCCUUAUAUCCAUUUGUAAUAGUCAUGCAUGCUUGAGCAUGGAA